UCGCCAUGGAACGGUAUUGCGCGCGCAACUCUUGACACAUUCGUACAUUUUCCCACGUUUUUUAAUUUUUAAAAUUCGAUUGUGAUCUGUGCUUCUGUGAUUGUGUAGUGAAAUGAGGAUCGCUUGUUUAUGAAUAAAAGAUGUCGCUUUCACGCAGUCGACAGCAGUUCCUAGCAUAUGAAACACACGGUGAUCCAGAAAUCCACUAUGAGAGAAAGGGCGGAAUCUUUAUAUCCACCUGCAUAUGUAUCGGCUUCAUCAUCUGUGCUGCCUUGAUCGCCGCUCUAGUUGGAAUUAUCGUCUAUUACAUCACUUACUAUACGGUCGCGCAAAAGUUAGAUGACUUCUGGAAUGAAGCAGAGCCUUUCGGUCAAUCAACUUCACUGGCACCAGACUUAAGACUUCCCUCAACAGUUGUGCCAAGCUUCUACAGACUAAAAAUAAGAGCUGAUUUAAAUCAGUCACUUUUCACUGGAAAUUCAUACAUCACAAUACAUGCCAAGCAAAAAGUAAAAGAAAUAAUAUUACACUCAAAAGGCUUAAUAAUUAAAAAUGCAACCUUAACUGAACAAAUUUAUGAAGAAGUAGAUACAUUAAAAUCAGACAGGACAAAACGUGAUGCAGAAAAUGCAACUGAAAGUAUUACAACUGAGGGUGCAACUGAUUCAAACAUUGAGAAUUCAACUGAAGCUAUUACUACAACUACAGAACCCGAGCCUGUCACAAUACCAACACUGCAAACUCAAGUAACUCAUAGUCAUGUGCGGAAUAUACAAAUUCUAUCCAUUAGGGCCAGUUCUGGUGAUAGAUUAAUAUUGACAUUAGAAACAAUGUUGAACCCAAAUGUAGAUUAUACUCUGCAGCUCUCAUUUGAAGGUAGAAUUAGUAAUUCGUUAACUGGCUUCUAUAAGAGCAGUUACAAAGAUGCCAAUAAUGAUAUAAGAGAGCUAGCAGCAACUCAAUUUGAACCUACUUCAGCCCGUGCAGCCUUCCCCUGCUUUGACGAGCCUGCAUUUAAAGCCAAGUUUGAAAUCAGCAUUGCACAUCCACAGAAUAUAUCGGUUCUCUCUAACAUGAAGGUUGCUAUGCAGGAGCCUAUAUCAGACGACCCCGGUUGGCAAUGGACGCACUUCGAACGAUCAGUCAACAUGUCUACAUACUUAGUUGCUUAUGUACUAUCAGAUUUUAGCUAUGUAGAAACAAAUUACACCGGAAAAGACAACAAACUUAAACCAAUAAGGGUUUGGACGCAACCAGGGCUGAUACACAAAGCUAAUUACGCGUUGACAAUAACACCGAAAUUGCUGGCGUUCUAUGAAGAGGUGUUUGGGGUGCCUUAUGCCUUGGACAAGUUGGAUCUGAUCGCGAUACCGGAUUUUUCCAGUGGAGCUAUGGAGAACUGGGGUUUGAUUACAUUCAGAGAGACAACCCUCUUAUUUGACGAAAAGGAAGGUAUGCCGGGGGAGAAACGGGGAGUGGCCAUUGAUGUCUCACACGAGCUGGCUCAUCAGUGGUUCGGGAAUCUCGUCACCAUGAAGUGGUGGACUGAUCUGUGGUUGAACGAGGGAUUUGCUACCUAUGUCGAGUAUGUGGGCGUUAAUCAUAUUGAACCGGAUUGGGAAAUGCUCCUAUCAUUUACUAGAGAUAAAAUGAGCCUACUCCGAACGGAUUCGCUGAAAAACACGUCCCCCGUAUCAAGACAAGUUAUUGACGCGUCAGAAAUAUCGCAGAAGUUCGACGAAAUAUCGUACGCGAAGGGGGCGAAUCUCAUACGAAUGCUGAACCAUACGAUAUCGCAAGAGUUGUUCUUGAAGGGAUUGGCCAUUUAUUUGGAGAAAUGGCAAUACCAGAACGCAGAGGAAAACGAUCUAUGGCAAUCGAUGUCCGAGGCGACAGUAAACGAUACAUUUUUAAAGGACGUCUCGCUCGUUAAAUUCAUGAACUCGUGGACAAGACAAGCCGGAUAUCCGGUUUUAUUCGUUAGACGGGACUAUACUAACGGACAAGUUUUGUUUGAACAGCGUCUAUUCACGAGUGCAAAGACACCCUACAAAUCUAUGGAGAAGCAAAUUUGGCAGAUUCCUAUAACUUACGCGUCGUCGUUCACUCCCAGCGAGAAAUGGUCCUACGAGCCCAAAGUGUGGCUGAAGGAUAAAUCUGUGACAACUAAAAUACCUUUGAACGAUUCGGAGGCUUUGUACGUGAAUAUCGGAGCUAUUGGUUACUACAGAGUAAAUUACGAUCAAAAGAAUUGGGAACUUCUAAGCAAAGCUCUAAAAGCUGGCAACAUUAAUGAACCGAUAGCGAAAGCUCAACUAAUAGACGACGCCUUCAACUUGGCGAAAGCGAAUCUAUUGAAUUAUAGCUACGCGCUGGGUCUAACCAGCUGCGUCAUAAAUGGGGAAGAUUCGAAAAUAGUUUGGGACAUGUUGUUGGAUAAUAUGGCGUUUUUGAAGUACAACUUGAAGACCACUUCUGGAUAUAUGUAUUUCCAAGAUUACGUAAGAUUACUCAUAGAGAAACAAUUAAAAACUCUAAACUACGGGCUAUCCAAACCCGCGGACGAUAACGAGGCUCUGUUAAUUGAGAAUCUUCUUCUCUGGGAGUGUAUGGUGGAGGCGCCUCGUUGUCUCAAUUGGGCCCAGAGCGAGUUCCGAAAUUGGAUGGAACAUCCGGAGAAUAAUAGCAUCCCAAGUUAUCUCCGCUCUUUGGUGUACAACAUUGCGAUACGUCACGGCGGUCGCAAGGAAUUCCUGUUCCUCUGGGACGUGUUCCAGAAUAGCACCGACCCGGCUGUGAAGACGCUAAUCAUCACCAAUUUACCCAGCACUCGACAGGAGUCACUCAUCACCUUCCUUCUAGAAAAGAGCUUAACCGAGAUUCCUAAGCAAUACGCUGCAACGGUAUGGGGGGCGGACCCGCCCGAAGGCACUCACCUCACUCAGAGCUUCUUCAUACGCAAUUUCGAUAGAGUAUACAAUGUGUUCACUGAAUUGGACCCGUUUACAUUUUCCAAUAUAUUGAACAUGGUGUUCGGGUUUAUUGCUGACAGUGAUGAGUUGGAUAAGUUAAAAAGAUUCGCGAUGCAGCACAAAGAGAGGUUGUUGCCGAUGUCUCAAACCCUGCAAAAGAUCGUAGAUACUGCCACACUUAGAAUUGACUGGAUCCAGACAUAUUCUAGAGGAAUUAAUAACUGGUUCGAGAACUUUUUGCAAGAAUACGCUUCACAAAACGUAACAACGACAGAAUCUCCAUGGUCGCAGAAUAUCACAAUAAAAAUCUCCGAUAACACCACUGCCAGCACAUAGACAACGUUACUUUCCUUUAUGUUUAAAAUGGCAACCCACCUUGUAUAUUCACAAUUUUAAUCUUAAUUUACGAAAAGGACAAAUCGUAAGACGAUUCUUUUUAUUCCUAAUCUAUGUGUUUUUCUUCUAAAAUCAAGCUUUUUCUUAUAAAAUACAUCAAAGGCUGUGUUGUUCUAGACUAAGAAUGAAUCUUUAUAAAUCACCUAUGCCACAGAGUAAAGAAAAGGUAUAGCUAAAAUAGGUUUUAUAUGAAUAGGAUUGUGUUCAAACUAUUCUAUUUCAUUGUCUUUUCUUUACUCUUAUGAACUUAAACGUGUUCACAAUAAUCGUACACAGUUUAGUCUAUUUAUUUGUAAAUAUUACAAGUUCUUCGUAUAUUUUAGAAUUAUGAUGAAAUACAUAGUUAAAAAACUUGCAAUUUUGUAUUAUAAAAAUAAUUCUUUACUUAAAAAAUUCUCACGCUAAAAGAAAAUUACUAAUUGGUAAGGGGUAGUGUGAUGGAAUUUUUUAACCUCGAUUCAAAGCCGUCCUUUAAAGCGUGCUAAUAAUAUAAUAAAUAGUAACUAGUUGCCUCUCGGUACUUGUUUUUGAGUUGACUGUAAAAGGUUUGAGAUUUGGCACUUAGUAUCACUUCCAUAGCUAUGUUGAAAAGAUACAAACGAGAGUUUUGUUUGAAAAGUGCUAUUAAUUUUAUUUGAAACACCUCCACAAUUUGUUCAAAGUCCCAGUGUUAAUGUUAUAAUUAAUUUAAAAAAAUACAAUUUUAGGUAAAUUAAUUUUAAGUUAUAUGCUAAGCUAAAGUGGUAAUUAUUUGUUGUGAAAUUGCGUUAAUAAAUGAUAUUGAUUUUAA